AUGUCACCUCUACCUACCACGGGCAAGACCGCACCCGGCGGCUUUGCGUCAGGUACACCAGCCGCAGCGCAGGCGUUUGGCGUUCCCUCUCCCAAGUCCACCGCAGCUCCUUCUUUCGGUGAAAAGGACGCGCCAAAGGUGCUAGACAAGUCGCCCUCUCCCAACCCAGUGCCACCUCCGUCUUCUGGUUUUGCGUUCCCCACUGCCAAACCGAAGGAGACAGCACCGGAGGCCAAGGUGGAACAGCCUCAGAUCGCAUCAGCGGCACCGGCGAGUGUCCGGCCAGCCUUUGCUUCGUCUCCGUUCGCAAAACAACCCGCCCUGGUGACUGGCGCCGUCCUGAGCGAGGCUGCACCUGCUGCCAAAACUGGAAACGAGGCCGCCCAACUGGAGAGCGCCUCAACCGAGCUAGCAACGGUGCCUGCUGUGGCGCCCCUCCAGCAAGAUACUGCCUCAGUAAAGCCUGCUGAGGCGCCGUCCACCAAACCUGCCAGCCCACCAGGCAGCGCUGCGUUUUACAGCCGCCGCGGGGGCAGGUUUCGCACCGAAACCGUCUUCCGCGUCGCCGUUUGGACCUGUCCCACCGUCCGUGUCUGGUUUCACCACUGGCGCGUUUGGAAAGGCUCCUGUAGCGCCUUCUGCGGCUUCUGGUAA